AUGGUUGUUUUAUGGAUAAUUCUACUUUCUCUGGUCACUUCGGAAGGUCUCUUCUUUGGUGUGUUUGACGACGACGCUAAAUUGUCUUUCGAGAAGCUCAAAGACGCUAUCUCCAACAUAGCGCUGCUCGCCCAUCCAGACACAUCAGCACCACUCUCCCUGACGACUGACGCAUCCGACACUGCCGUCAGUGCAAUUCUUCAGCAACUCAUCGACCGUCGAUGGAUACCUCUAGGUUUCUUCUCAAAGCGCUUACAACCUGCCGAAUCGCGAUACAGCACCUUCGGUAGGGAACUGUUAGCUAUCUACCUAGGUAUCCGACAUUUCCGUCACUACCUCGAAGGUCGACAUUUCACCGUCUUCACCGACCACAAGCCAUUGACCUACGCAAUCAAUGGCGCAACGGACAAGUACUCGCCGCGGGAAACUAAACACCUAGACUACGUUUCUCAGUUUACGACAGACGUACGUCAUGUCCCAGGUGCUGUCAAUCCCGUCGCGGAUGCGCUUCCACGCAUACAGCAGAUCAGCUUAUCGCCUGGCACAAGCAUUGAUCUAGCCGCCAUGGCUGCUGCCCAACAAGCUGAGCCCGACACAGACAAACUACGACGCAACGCCUCGUUAAAACUACGCGAAGUCCCACUAGCUUCAUCUGAAUGA